AUGCCUUCAACUCACUGAAUUCGAAGCUAAUACACUUCCACGAACUCGUCUUGUUAUUUCGACCUAUGCCUAAAAUGUCCAGUGCGCUGGCGCCAAAUUUUUCCCAACUAAAAGUGCCAAACCUCUAAUGACAAAACUCAAACCCAAAGCAAAUCGAAGAUAUUUAACAUAUAAAACUAUGCCCUUGGAACAGACCCCCUCCGCUUCCCAUUGUCAUCUCCUAGGCCGUGAAAAAGAGUGGGCCCAACUCCACGGUCUCUUAAAAGGGCGCUUACCACGCUCACUUUUCCUCUUCGGGCCCGCUCAAAGCGGCAAAUUAGCCUUAAUCCGCUCGGUGACCCGGGCUUUGGGCCUAUCCACCUCGAUCAGUUCUUGCCACACGGGCACGAUCCACCCCCGAUUAUUGUAUCAAGAUAUCGUCACCCAAUUAUUCGAUAUCCAACCGGAGGUGGAUCUGAGUUAUGCCGUGGGUAAACUGGACCAUUUGGUGAAUUUGGUGACCACUUUAAAGCACCAAAGCCGGGAAACCAUGGCUUUGGGCCGAGUGAUUGUGUUAAAAGAGAGCCAGAAAUUGCGGGAUCUGGAUUUUAAUUUGUUGCCCGGCUUCCUGAAGCUGCAGGAAUGGACGGGAAUGAAUAUUUGCGUCGUGUUCGUGUCGCGGGUUUCGUGGAAUAAAUUCCUUCUGCCGUCCGGUCUGGAAACGCCUCGCCCGAUGGUGAUCCAUCAAUACACCAAAAACCAACUCACGCGGAUUAUUGCCAGCACUCUUCAAAACGAGAAUUCAGCCGAUAAACCUAACCUGAGCUCCGCAUUCUACGAAAAUUACGUCUUCUAUCUGAUUGGAGUUUUCUAUCUUUCCAACAACACAUUGCCAUUCCUCCUGUGGAUCGCCCGCCAUCAUUUUCCUGCGUACUAUUCGCCUAUUUCGGCUCAAUCCGUGGAUCCUGAUAACACGCGGGCCCUCAUUCGAAAUAUCGAAAAGACCCUCCGGAAUUCCAAAACCGAGAUGCACAUCCGAGAAACGGGCGAGAUCGACCCGUCGCUUCAUUGCUCGAGUAUCGCCAAUAAACGGAUCCACGUGGAACUCCCGUUCCAUUCCAAGUUCCUCCUGAUUGCCUCCUAUUUAGCUUCGUACAAUCCGGUGAACUCGGAUAAGAGGUUCUUCAUGAAACAUCACGGAUCGGUGAAAAAACGAGCUCCGACCAUUCGAAGGAAGGAGAAAAUGAGUUCACAGUUGACUGGACCCAAAGCCUUCACAUUGGACCGCAUGAUGGCCAUUUUCUAUUCCAUUGUAGACGAUGACGUGAGACCAUCAGCCAACAUAUCCAGUCAGAUUAGUACGUUGGUCAGCCUUCAGUUCCUGAGCCAAGUGGGCGGGGAGGACAUGUUGGAUUGUCCCAAGUACAAAUGUAUUAUUGGACUAGAUUUUGUGGCCCAAUUGGCCAAACAAGUCCAAUUUGAGAUUCAUCGAUAUCUCGUUGACUUCACAUGAAAAGGGCGAGAAACACGAUUGCAUUUGUUCGACGUAAUCAAAAUAAAUAUAUAACCAUUUCAAAUCAA